CUCUCUGGUUGGAGGACGAAGUGGGGUUGGGUGGGGUGGAUUUUGUGAUGCAAGUGAAUUGGCCAAAUUGAAAAACAGGCUAAUCAGGAUGAUGUUAUAUCACUUACAUCUGGUCCGGCCGUGUGAUUGGCCGGUGACCCCGGCGGUGCCAGCUGUCGGCGCGGAGAGGGCAGGACGCGCCUGUUGGUCCGUGGGUCCAGUGCGCACCAACUGAAACAUGUCUCCGGCUCUGCCCGGAGCUUCAAACUUCACUCAGGAUGGCCUGAAGGCUGGAGGAUCAAGGUGCUGAUUGGAAACUAUAAAGCUGGCCAUUAGUUUGUCCUGUGAGUCUUCACGAAGACUCCAUGCACUGGCAAACUAAUGCUGCUCAUUUUGGUGACUGAGCUUUCCAUCUGUCCUUUAUUGUUCGUGUGAUUGUCUUAAUCUGGUAGUGCAAGGCUUUACGCUGGCUGGCUCACAGCCAUGGAUGUGGCCUUGGUUGACUUCGAGAGCCUGGAGGACCUUGAUGUUAGCCUCGAGGAUGUGGACACCUUUGCUGACGAGACUACAGCUCUCACAGCAGAUGCGCCCCCAGAGCACAACCCAGAUGUCAGCUACCUCCUACGAGCUCCUCAGCUGUCUUCUACACCUUCCCAUCACAGCCCUCUGCCCUCCUACAUCUGGGAAUCCACCUCUUCAUCACCCAUUCCACAAUUACAGACGCUAGAAGUACCUCAUUCCCCAACAAUACCAUCGCCAGGCAGAAAGGGGCACAGCAGCUGUGCCAGCAUGCUCUCAAACUGGAAAAUGCUGCUAAAUAGUGAAGGAGGGAAGGAAAGUGAGAUAAUUUUUAGUCAGCUCACCAAAGAGUGCUGUGAAGAUUUGUUUGGAGAUAAACAUGGUUUGGAUGAUGGAGACCAGAAAGUCAUUUUCAACAUUGCUGGCCUUCGUUUUGAGACACAACUUAAAACAUUGGACCAAUUCCCUGAAACACUUCUUGGAGACCCUUUGAAGAGGAUGGACUACUUUGAUCCAAUGCGGAAUGAGUACUUUUUUGAUCGGAACCGACCAAGCUUUGAUGGGAUUUUGUAUUACUAUCAGUCUGGGGGUAAAAUCAGAAGACCAGCCAAUGUUCCAAUUGACGUGUUUGCUGAUGAAAUUAUAUUCUACGAGCUCGGGAGCGAGGCAAUGGAGCAGUUCAGAGAAGACGAGGGGUUCAUAAAAGAUGUCGACAUCCCACUCCCUAAAAAUGACAUAUCCAGGCAAUUUUGGCUAUUGUUUGAGUACCCGGAGAGCUCCAAUGCAGCACGAGGUGUAGCACUCGUCUCUGUCCUUGUUAUUGUAAUUUCGAUUAUUAUUUUCUGCAUGGAAACACUGCCAGUAUUUAGAGACGACUCUGAUCCGGUUGUUCCCUCCCUAAAACAUUUAAACCAAUCAAGAUAUCACACUAGUGCAGCUCCAUCCAAGCUCAAAACGUUUUCUGAUCCUUUCUUUUUCAUUGAGACCGCCUGCAUUGCUUGGUUUGCCUUUGAACUGUGUGUUCGGUUUGUGGCUUGUCCGAGCAAAAAGGAGUUUUUCCACAACCUCAUGAACAUCAUUGACAUCAUAUCCAUCGUUCCCUAUUUUGUAACUCUGAUCACAGAAUUGGCCACAACCCCAGAAGAGAGCUCAGGACAGAACAUGUCUUUGGCCAUUUUACGUAUCAUCCGCCUGGUCAGGGUGUUCCGUAUUUUCAAACUGUCGCGCCACUCGAAGGGGCUGCAAAUCUUGGGGCAGACUCUGAAGGCCAGCAUGCGGGAGCUUGGUUUGCUCAUCUUUUUCCUCUUCAUCGGAGUGAUCCUCUUCUCCAGUGCCAUCUACUUUGCUGAGGUAGAUGACCCUAAAACCCAGUUUGUUAGCAUUCCUGAUGGUUUCUGGUGGGCUGUGGUCACCAUGACCACUGUAGGCUAUGGAGACAUGUGCCCCAUAACGCUGGGGGGUAAGGUGGUCGGCACCUUAUGUGCCAUUGCAGGUGUAUUGACAAUUGCUUUGCCUGUUCCUGUCAUUGUUUCCAACUUCAACUACUUCUACCACAGAGAGACGGAAGCAGAAGACAAGGUUCCAAUGGCAGAGGCUCUCCAGCAGGCCAUGAAGGUUGAAGAAAGUAACAAACGAAGUAGCAAAACUUCCCUCAAUAAAGCCAAUGGCAUCUAGCAAAGGAAAAGAACUGUAGAAUUCAGCGACUUUCCACUGAGAUGAAUCUAUAUUCAGUAGUGUUGUGAAAUCCAAAGAACGGUCUUAUGGAUCAAUAAAAUAUUGAUCCUAUGGAAAAUGUGUUUUAUAACAACAAACAGGUGUACCAAUUUUACCUCUUUUGUUUUUGUCAAUGAAAAUAGCAUGUCAUAGAUGGAUUGGCUAGUGGAUUCACCUCAGUCAUGUUCAUGAGUUUGUGUCCAUAUUUGUUGUUUCCAGAUCACUUUACAGACUGUUAGAAUUCGAGAGGCAUUGUAACAGAUUUUAAUUCUUUAUUUUCAUAAACAUAAAUGUUAGAAAGACUUUUUUCCAACUUAACCGUGGUCUUAAUAUCAUCAUCUCGGCCAAUUAACAAAUUACUGUUUUGUCCAUCAUUACUGAUGUGAUUGUAGUCUAAAGGACAUGGAUGGUGUUUGCUGCAACUGUAAAGCAAGUUUCAUGUAACUGCAGAUAGAACAUAAGCAAAUGUCACAAGUCAGUUAGUAAAUGUAAUUGUAUUUAUUGCUGCUAUAAAUCCAAUUCAUUCAUCAUAUGGUCAUGUAUAAGUGAAAAUUGUAGCGAACUKACCAACUCACCGUGUAUGUGUCAUGAUGUGCACAUUUUUUUACGACGUGACCAAAGAAACCAACAGUUUUGACAUAAUUUGUGUUCACUUAUUGCAUUUUUGAAAAUGUGGCUUUUAUGAUUUCUAUCAAUGCAAUGGAAAGAAUCAUUGCACAGUUAAGAAUAAUAAGAGUUUAAGAAUAUGGUUGCAAUGAAAUCUUCAGUUUUUCUGCUGUUUAUUUAUUGAGAAAUCUACUACUGUUUAUAUGUCUUUAUUCUCUGCUGAGAUUUAAACAACAUUCUCUAAUGUCUAAUGUACUCUACAUCAUAAUUUUAUAACACAUGUAGAGUGCCUUAAAUUGUAAGAUUAUGUUAUACUUUUAAAUUUGCCAUACACAAUGAAAUGAACAAUUGCCUCUUUUGUUAUCCAUUUAGGUUCAAUAGUUUUGAUUUAAAUGUAUUUUUCAUGGCACUGUUUCUAUUCUGGCAUUUAUUUUCUUAACAAGCCACUGAACCAAUAUGCUAUUCUUAUCUGACAYACAUUUGAAACUUUCAAAGGUUGUGUUGAUCCAUGCCUCCAUUUCUUAAGUUUAAGACUAAUCUGUUAAUUAAAAACAAUAUGAAUCCUUAAUCAUUGGACUAAUAUAUAUUUUUACAUUUUUUACCUUUUGCUUUUUUUCACAAAAAAAUAUAUACCGGAGUAAUCCAACAACACAUGCAAACUGAAAUUAACUGAGGCUUCUUUUUAAAAGAAUGGCUUAUUAAGAUGAAUAAAGGGAAUUGUUAAA